AUGAAAGAUGUUGACAAAACACGUCUGGCCUCUCUCCUCAUGUUGUUCGAUUUUCUGGCCCCUGUAGGACAAAGGACUCUCCACCACAAGAGCGAUGUCCUAGAGACAGUCGUGUUAGUCAACCCAUCAGAGGAUACAGUUGCUUCAGAGGUGUGUUUCAAGACUAUAUUUGGGACUAUAUUUAAACCAGCUUUCAAUCAUUAUAUACACAUCUGUUUACAUUUUGUCAUGCAUUUCAUUUUUUUCCUAUAAGAAAACAAACUAUUUUCUCUCACCGUGCUUAAAAUGGCAUACCAUAAUGGCAUAACAAAAUGUAAAUACAUUUGAUUAAUUUCAUAGUGUAACCCAUAUAAAAAGAUACAAUCUUUGUUCUGUGCUGUUUCCUAUAACUCUGCUCUGUCUUGUUCUCUGCCCCAGAUCCGGUCUCUAGUCACAGACUCAGCAGGACACAAACUCCUGGUCCUGAGUGGGCAGAACGCAGACCACGGUGACCUGCUUCUCCAAAGUGGGGUUUUCACCUAUAAGAGCUUCUCACAAGUCUUUGCUGAUCCUGGGGUAAGCUAUUACUGUUCAGAACAGUCAAAUCCUGUUCAGAACAGCCUGUCCUAGCAUUUUACUAUAGUUUGUAGCACUGAAAAGCUCAUGUGUUUCUAAUGAUUAGAUUACCAAUGAAAAACAAAUAUUUUAUAUUCCCCACAUGAACUGGAAUUGUGGAUGAAAAUGAAAACAACAAUGUCAUUGAGCAAUCUUUAUACAUCAACACUAACCUUGGCUUGUCUCGUCUAUCAUUCUCCUGUAGGUCAGUGAUUUGCUGGGCGAAGCAGCCCCCAAGCAGCGGGCCACACUCACUGUGUCCUGCCGAGCGGAGGUGGGUUGGAGCUCCCUGGGUCAGCAGCAGCACUUACGGGAGUUCCUUGAGUACAGACUGAACCCUGAGCCUGUGCUUCCCAAGAUGGAGGGAGUCACAGAGUUCACGGAGUACAUCUCCGAGACGGUGGACGUGCCUUCUCCAUUUGACCUCCUGGAGCCGCCCACAUCUGGAGGCUUCCUGAAACUGUCCAGGCCCUGUUGCUACAUCUUCCCUGGGGGGAGGGGCGACUCGGCCCUGUUCGCGGUCAACGGCUUCAACAUCCUAGUAGAUGGAGGCUCUGAACGGAAAUCAUGCUUCUGGAAGCUGGUCAGACACUUGGACCGCAUCGACUCGAUUCUACUCACUCACAUUGGUGCAGACAAUCUGCCAGGCAUCAAUGGGCUCCUUCAGAGGAAAAUAGCAGAGCAGGAGGAGGAGCAGUCACAAGGUUCCACCACCUACAGUGACUGGAUGAAGAACCUGAUCUCUCCAGAGCUUGGUGUGAUCUUCUUCAAUGUACCCGAAAAGCUACGUAUGCCAGAAUCAAACCUAAAGGUCAAGCGCAGCAUCGAGGAGGCCUCCCUCACGUUGCAGUACCUCAACAAACUGGGAAUAAAGCCGGAGCCUCUUUGUAGACUGGUCAGCAACACUAUUGAGCCCUUCACUCUUUUUCAUAAGAUGGGAGUGGGCAAGUUAGACAUGUAUGUUCUGAACCCUGUCAAGGACAGUAAGGAGAUGCAGUUUCUCAUGCAGAAGUGGGCUGGUAACAGCAAGGCCAAAACAGGCAUUGUGCUUCCCAAUGGAAAAGAGGGAGAAAUAUCUGUACCUUACCUGACAUCAGUUACAGCAUUAGUUGUGUGGCUUCCUGCCAAUCCUGCAGAAAAGAUUGUCAGAGUGCUGUUCCCUGGAAACGCACCACAAAACAAAAUCCUGGAGGGGCUAGAGAAAUUAAAGCACCUUGACUUCUUGCGAUACCCAGUAGCCACACAAAAAGACAUAGCCUCAGGGGCUCCUCCCUCUGUUGUAAAACAUACAAAGUUAAAGCAAAGGACAGACAGCAAAGAAAGUCUGAAAUCAUCUCCCAAGCCUACAAAAGCCCCUAAGAAAGAAGCAGAUGAUGAGGUAUCGGCAGCCACAGAGGCAAAGAGUGACUCUGUAAAGGAGAACAAGAUAGAGAAAAAGGAGAAGAAACUUAAAGAGAAUGAAAAACCCACAAAAAUACUAAAAUCCAAGACUGAUGUAGCAGAAAAGAAAAAACUUUUAAAGGAGAAAUCCUUGAAAAAACAUUCAAAGGAAAGGGCAUCCAAGAUGGAUGAGAAAAAAGACAAGGAAAAGAAAGAGGUCAAGAAAGUUGACACAGCUAAAAGAGAAGAGAAAAAAGACCCCAAAGUUGACAAGAGAAAGGAUAAGUCUAAGUCAGAGUUGAGAAAGAUAACAAAACCUGACUUAAAACCCCUCACACCAGAGGUCAGAAAGACCCUGCACAGGGCAAAAGUGUCAAGUAAACCCAAAACCGACAAAAGCAAAGUCAAAGCGGUCAAGGCAGAGCCGGCUGAACCCAAACCUGAGGAACCAGCAGCAGAGACCAUUCAGCCUGAGCCACUACAGAAUGGGGCUGUUGAGGGCAUAUCUGCUUCCUCCACUCCAGAGGAUCUUACCAAGGAUUUUGAGGAGUUAAAACAAGAUGAGGUAUCAUCAGAGCCACCUGAGAGUGCAGUGGAGACACCAGCAGAGGAAAGCAUGGCCGAAUCCCCUACCCAGGAGGAGAAAGAACAGGAAACUGUCUCUCAAACUCCACCAGGCACAAAGUCUCCUGAGAAGGGAGUAGCCACAGCUGAAUCUCAAAGCAAAGAGGACAAAUUAACACAAGAGCAUAAAGAAGAAUUACAAGCAGAGGAUGUGGAACUAUAUGAGGAUGAGGGAGCUGCAGUUGAAGAUGAUGAGGAAGAAGAAAAAGAAGGCCCGAUUGCAGAGAGGAAAACAUUUCAGGAAGAGGAAGAUAUGGGGAUAGGGGAGGAGGAAGAUGAUGCAAAAGAUGAUGUGAAGGAUAACGAACUAGACAGGAAACAUGAGGUGGAGGAAAUGGAGAAAGCUGAAAAGCCCACAGCUAUGGCGGUAACAGAAGAGGAAAGCAGAAAGACUCCAUCCCAGGAGGAGAAAGAGGAAGAAGAUGAACAUGUUGUUGAAAAGGCCGAGCUGGAAGAGGUAGAAGAUUUAGACAUGAUAGCAGAUGAAGAGGUCAAAAUCAAACCUGAAGCGGGAGAGAAAGAAACAUUGGCCAAGAACAAGGAAAGCAAAACUGUUAAACAUACUGCUGAAGCCAAAGAGGAGGAUGAGGAAGAUGAAGAGGGCUACAUCUCAAAUGUGGGAGGCGCUACAGUUGACAUAGUGUCAACACUGCAAGGAACGCUUGCAGCCGAGCCCAUCUCCUUAAUUCAAGACGAAACCAUUCCCGGCUACUCUGAAACUGAACAGACCAUCUCUGAUGAGGAAGUUCACGAGGAGGCUGAAGAUAGGAUACUAAACCUCCAAUACGAAGUGGCCGCAUAUGACAUCUCUGUCCCAGAUCAGACAGGCUCCUUUGACACCAUCCAUGGGAUGAAGGAGAUGCAAGCAUCAGCUAUGGCUGAUGUAACAGCCAAAGGUUUAAUUUCUGGACAGGAGCAAGUAUCGGUAUUCACUAACAUCAUUGCUGCUCCCUUGGCUGAGGAGGAACAUGUUUCCUCAGCCACAUCCAUCACAGAGUAUGAUAAAUUGUCCUCCUUCCCCACCUCUAUUGCAGAGGACCAAUCAGUGGCCUCCGUCACUACACCUCAGACUGAGGAAACAGGCAAAAGCUCUCUGCUUCUUGACACUGUUAAUAGCGUUCCCCUGGCGAUUCCAACUGAGGCCACACAUGGGAAAGAACACUUACACUCUGCUGGGACCAUCUCACCAACAUCCUCCUUAGAGGAAGACAAGUGCAUGAAGUCACUUCCAUCCGAAGAGUGCCUGCUUGUUAUCUCUGAUUUGAAGACAGAGGCUAAGGUCAUCAAGAGUCAUGAUGAAGAGGCGGAAGAAGAUGAGGACCAAACUCUUAACAUUAACAUUUCCCUUGGAAAACUCCAGGAGAGCUAUGCCUCCCCUCAAAUUCUCCAGGAUAGAGAAAGGGAUGUGGAAAAGCUCCCUGCUUCUGAGUCUCCUGUCUCCAAACCUGUUCAGGAUUUGAAGCUGGAUCACCUACCAGUUGAGGAGGUACAACUCUUUAAGUCCAAAGAAGACAUCUUAACGGUGGUGCCUUCAAAACCCCUUUCACCACCACUCUCUUUCUCAAAGCCUUUUAGGUCAGACUCAGUUACUUCGGAAGGUGAAGAGCGAUGCUGCAGUCCAGACGAUAGCACUGUGAGAAUGGCCUCUCCCACACAAUCUGGCCCCCCCAGUGCAACCCACUCUCCAACUCACUCUCCUCUUCAUCAGUCGCCUGUGGAGGAAAAGACCCAGGGCUUCCCAGGACUGGAGCAACAAACACAGGAGGACAUUCAUGAUUCAGCCACCAAAACAGAAGAUAAGGAUGCAAAGAAAGAUCAAGCAGAAAAGGAAGAUAAAGUGGAUAAGAAUCAAAAAUUGGAUGCUGACAUCAAGAAUGUUGAGUCAGACACACUACCAUCUGUGGAGAAAUCAUUUAAAAAAGACUUGCCUGUUACAAAAGUGGAAGAAAAAUGUGGUCUCUCCCCUUCCAAAGAUGAGAUGCAACAGAAGCAUGAGACAACUCCUCUUACCUCUGAGUCAGUCACAGGCAAAGAUGAAGCUUCCGUAUCAGGAAAGGAAUCUCUGACAGUAGACAUUUAUAGUGGUAAGGCUAUACUCAAACACAGUGAUGAGGAAGAUGAUGACCAUCAACAAAAAGAAUCCAACGUGUGCAGUAAGGCUAAAUUCCCAAAGGAGAAGGAGAGUAGCUUCUUAGAUUAUGACGAAGGUGAGGAUGAUGACGAUAAUGAUAGUUCUGAUGUAAAACCCCUCAAACAGGACAUGAAGGAGAAAGAGACAGAAAAAGAUGACUUUUAUGAAGCUGAACCCAUCAAGGAAGCGAAGAAAGAAACAGAAAAGGUUGGUACCACUGAAGCUGAACCCAUCAAGGAAGAUAAAGAUGAGAAAGUGAAGGAAAAAGAUGACAUUCAUGAAGCUGAACCCAUCAAGGAAGCGAAGAAAGAAACAGAAAAGGUUGGUACCACUGAAGCUGAACCCAUCAAGGAAGAUAAAGAUGAGAAAGUGAAGGAAAAAGAUGACAUUCAUGAAGCUGAACCCAUCAAGGAAGCGAAGAAAGAAACAGAAAAGGUUGCUUCCACUGAAGCUGAACCCAUCAAGGAAGAUAAAGAUGAGAAAGUGAAGGAAAAAGAUGACAUUCAUGAAGCUGAACCCAUCAAGGAAGAGAAGAAAGAAACAGAAAAGGUUGGUACCACUGAAGCUGAACCCAUCAAGGUAGAUAAAGAUGAGAAAGUGAAGGAAAAAGAUGACAUUCAUGAAGCAGAACCCAUCAAGGAAGAGAAGAAAGAAACAGAAAAGGUUGGUACCACUGAAGCUGAACCCAUCAAGGAAGAUAAAGAUGAGAAAGUGAAGGAAAAAGAUGACAUUCAUGUAGCUGAACCCAUCAAGGAAGAGAAGAAAGAAACAGAAAAGGUUGGUACCACUGAAGCUGAACCCAUCAAGGAAGAUAAAGAUAAGAAAGUGAAGGAAAAAGAUGACAUUCAUGAAGCUGAACCCAUCAAGGAAGCGAAGAAAGAAACAGAAAAGGUUGGUUCCACUGAAGCUGAACCCAUCAAGGAAGAUAAAGAUGAGAAAGUGAAGGAAAAAGAUGACAUUCAUGAAGCUGAACCCAUCAAGGAAGAGAAGAAAGAAACAGAAAAGGUUGGUACCACUGAAGCUGAACCCAUCAAGGUAGAUAAAGAUGAGAAAGUGAAGGAAAAAGAUGACAUUCAUGAAGCAGAACCCAUCAAGGAAGAGAAGAAAGAAACAGAAAAGGUUGGUACCACUGAAGCUGAACCCAUCAAGGAAGAUAAAGAUGAGAAAGUGAAGGAAAAAGAUGACAUUCAUGAAGCUGAACCCAUCAAGGAAGAGAAGAAAGAAACAGAAAAGGUUGGUACCACUGAAGCUGAACCCAUCAAGGAAGAUAAAGAUGAGAAAGUGAAGGAAAAAGAUGACAUUCAUGAAGCUGAACCCAUCAAGGAAGCGAAGAAAGAAACAGAAAAGGUUGGUUCCACUGAAGCUGAACCCAUCAAGGAAGAUAAAGAUGAGAAAGUGAAGGAAAAAGCUGACAUUCAUGAAGCUGAACCCAUCAAGGAAGAGAAGAAAGAAACAGAAAAGGUUGGUACCACUGAAGCUGAACCCAUCAAGGAAGAUAAAGAUGAGAAAGUGAAGGAAAAAGAUGACAUUCAUGAAGCUGAACCCAUCAAGGAAGCAAAGAAAGAAACAGGAAAGGUUGGUACCACUGAAGCUGAACCCAUCAAGGAAGAUAAAGAUGAGAAAGUGAAAGAAAAAGAUGACAUUCAUGAAGCUGAACCCAUCAAGGAAGAGAAGAAAGAAACAGAAAAGUUUGGUACCACUGAAGCUGAACCCAUCAAGGAAGAGAAGAAAGAGAAGGAGGGAGAAAAAGAUGAUACUUUUGAGUCUGAACCUACGAAAGAAGAAAAACAGAAAGAAAUAGAGAGUAUAUUCACUUCUAAAGACGAGCUAAGCUCUUGUAUCUCUACCUUUAAAGUGGAAACAGCCUCAGACUUCACCACAACAGAAGAUAAUUUUGUGGCUGAACCCAUGAAAGAUGAGAUGAAAGAGAGGGAUGACACUUGUAAGACUGAUCCCUUCAAGGAGGAAAAGAUAGAGAGAGAACAUCCUCUUAAGUCUGAACCAAUGAAAGAAGAGAAAAUAGAAAAAGAGAGAGAUACUUUUGACAGUGAACAGACUAAAGAAGAGCACAGAGAGCAAGAAAAGGAUGAUAUGGCUGAAUCCACCACGGGGGUCAAGAAAGAAAAAGAAAACAAUACUUUUUUUGAGAUUGAUGUCAGUCAGGAAGAAAAUAUGGAGAAAGAGAAAGAUGAUACUUAUGUGGCUGAAGUCAGUAAAGAACAGAAGAUGGAAAAGGAGAAAGAAAAAGAAGAUACUAGUGAUUUCGAAGACAUCAAAGAUGAGAAAAGAGAGAAAGAUAGAGAUGAAAGUUAUGAAGCUGAACCCAUUAAAGGAGAGGAACGAGCAAAAGAAAAUGACACAGCUGACACAGUCAAAGAUGAGAAGAGCAAGAAAGAGACAGGAAAAUAUGAUUCUCAUGAGAUUGAACCUACUAAAGAGGAGAAAUGGGAGACAGAUAGAGAGGAGGUGCAAGAGAAAGAUCUAAAAGAGGCUUUACAACACAGCAUACAGACAACAAUGGUAGAAAGAAUAGAGGUGACUUCUGCGACAAAGCUUGAAUCUACAUUUCAGGUUCAGUACUCAGAUGGAGAUGAGGAAGAUGAGGAGGAAGAUGAGGAAUCCAUUUGCAUGGGUGGUGCAGGCUCAAGACCUUUGUCAGUGGAACCUAGACAAUCAGAACACGACAUCAUCUCUCAAGACCUGCUCUCAACUCAGUCAUCAGAGAAUGUGCUUAGUGACCAAAUGAAGGACAGCCACUCUGAACAGACCACUGGGCUUGUGUCUACAUUACCAAAACGGGAGUCCUCUACUGAUAAAGACCUCAAAGAGCAGCGUAAAGAGCAACAACAUAGACUCUCCCCUGAACUAGAAAAGGACAUCAAGACAACUGAGACCACAUCAGGACCCCAUCCCAGCCAAGAGUCCACAAUUGGUUUCCCUACCUUGAAAGAGGAGCCAGUCUCUGCUAUGCCUACCACCAAAGUAGAGCCAGCCUCUGACUCCACCACUACAGACAAACAGUCUAUAGGUUCAACACUAUUAAGCACCGAUAGCCAGGCCAGUGUGACGGAAUCCACCCAGCAUGAAACACUGCUGCUUUCUAUGACAACAAGCAAAGAAGCAUCUAAUACAGAUGAAAAGACAAAGCAUGUUUCUCCAAAAGAAGAUGAGAAACCAGGCAAGGAAGCUGAGAGGGAAAUGGAAAAAGAGCGGGAAGUUGCUUCCCCAGAGCACACACAACCUUGUUCAUAUUUUGUCUUGGAUAAAGAUUCUGAGAAGGUUCCCGAGAAAGUGAGCCACGUUGAUGCUACAGAAGCAGACAGUGCCUCUGAAAAAGUGGAAGGUUUUGACAAAAUGACAACAGAGAAGGAGACUGUCAGUGUGAGCUUGCAAGGGGAAAAUCUGGGCUUUGGUGUGUCUAAGUAUGAACCCUAUGAAAAUACAAUUUCAAAAGAACAGGAAUCAGACUAUAAAGAAGACAGUGAGGUUUCUAGAGAGUUUGAUCGGUCAACACAAAUUGGCAUUGAUGAUAAUAGGAAAAAUAGCCAGGCAGAUGCUGGUGCAGCUGCACUCUACUCAGAGGAUGAGGAAAAAGAGGAACCGCUGUCAUUCAGCAGAGUUGAUUACACCCCUCCACCUUUCACCGAGAGCGAGAGAAGCCUCCAUUGCAGCUCAAGUGCCUUCACUGAACACAAUGACAAAGAGAAAGGUCAAGAGGAAGAGAGUGAUCGGAAGGAGGGACAAUCUACACCACAUGUGGAAAACAGCUUUGUGUAUACAGAGACUCAAGACAACAAAACCACCCCAUUAGCGGAGCCAUGCUCAUUUGCUUUCAGUCUCAAAGAAGAUAAACCUGAAAAGGUUGAGGAUGAAAUGAAGGACAAUAUCAGGUCGGCCCCUCAAACAUCUACAGGAGAGAAGGAUAAGACUGGAGCAUCUCCCAGUGCAGAGGAGUAUUUGCCAGUCCAGUCAGGCAGAAAGGAAACAGCCUCUCCCUCAUGGAGUCAAUCCAACACCGGUGACAAAGCCUCUGCUACUGCCAUGCCUUUUGAAGACAUCCCUGAGAAGCAGACCACAGAGAAGGAGAAAGAGAAAGAAAAAGAUGAGCCAGUGAAAGACAAUAUGGAUUCAUCUGAUAGUGAGAGAGGAGACUCUCCCUCUGGUCGCUACUCACCAGCGGAAAAAGACAUGUUACCUCAUCAAGCUUUACCUAAGGAAAUGGACAAUCGGGCCGCUGCUACCCCCUUGGCCGCAUAUUCAGGACAGCUCCUAGACGAUAAUGUUCUUGCGUCUGAGUGCACUCAAAUUGGCAGCUCUAUCGCCAGUAAAUCUACAAUGGGCUAUUUUGAGAGAGAAGACACUCCGGACAGUGUAGAUAAGAGGCUACUGGUGGUGGGAGAGAAUUAUGAUGAUAAUGAUGAAGAUGAUGCAGAAGAAGAAGCCAGUGAUCUAGAUGUGGAGAAGGGCGUGAGAGAGCAGUCUGAAAAAGAAAUCUGUAAAACUACAUUGGACGGUACCACUACUUCUAAACUUCCUGUGACAAAGGAAGAGGACAAGAAGACCCUCUCACCCGAACCUGAACCCAGCCUCCUCAAAAAGGAGGAACCUUCCCAUUCAAUGAACACAAGCAGCCCUCCACUGGCAGAUACUGCAGAUUCCCUUUUGAAGAAUGUAGUUGGGGCCUCGCCACUCCAGUCUGGCAGCUCCACUGCAAUAGAACAAACAGGAUCUGGAGGAUAUCCUUCUGAAUCCUCAGAGUAUUCAGAGGACAGCCAACUGGGGUUAAAGGAGGAGAGAUUUGACAGUCCUGACCUCUCUUUGCCCACCAAGUCCAGUGUAGAUAAACAUUACAGUCAGGGAGAUAUUGAAGCUGACAGGCAGAGAACCCCAGAUACCACUAGUAGAAAACCUGAGGAAGCUCCUUCGUGUUACCUCUCAUCUGCCUCAGCUUUUCUAUCAACCAGCCACCAGUUGGGGGAGGAGAUAGAGACCCCUGUCAGAAUGUCUAGUGGCCCCUACAGGACAGAUUCUGAGGGUGCUUCCUUUGAGUAUUCUUUAUUCAAAGAUGAAGACUCCUCAUCCAUGCACUCAACCCUCUCAACCUCUGGGGUCAUGUUAAAGGAUGAGUACCUAGAGGCAUCUGAAAAGCUUACCUCAACAACUACAGCUACAUUCAGUCUGACAAAAGUAUCUCCAGUCUUAGAUACUCCAGCCAAAGACAUUACUGAACACGACUCAUCAUCAAGCCCUGAGAUGGACGAGGGUCAAACCUCGGAUAACUUUCAUAAACUUGAGGGCAUUGUUGAACCCAAAACCAUAACGUCUGCUGGAGCUUCAGAACCACCAAGUUCCCAGCUGUCCAAACCCGCUGGAACCAUAUCCACUUCAGGGGCUUUCUUUGAGGUUUCCCCAUUGCAAAGUGCUGACUCUUCUGACAGAGAAUCCCAGGGCUCAGCAGCCAGCAAAGAGUUCUACACUUGCAAAAUGGAGGACAGUACUCUUCCAUGCCGCAUUGAAUGCCAGAAAUUUGCAGUGACAGAGCAAGAAGAAAGCAUGUUGUCCAUGGCUGAGACAUACAUGGUCACUAUCAACUCCAGUACAACCACAACAGUGUCCCAAUCUGAUGUGGUGACAAAACCCCAGAGGUCAACUGAAGCUUCUUCCAACGGGCCUACUGAGGUUAGCACAAGUCCCCAAGAAGUCCUCAGUGGAGCUAGCAAAGCAUCUUUUGCCACAACAGCAGAUCUGCCUGAAACAGAACAGAAAAAGGAGGAAAAAGAGACAAAGGAUGAGAAAGAUAAGAUGGUAAUGAAAGAGGAAGAAAAUAAGGAGAUCAAGGUAGAGACCCUAAAGGAGGACACCAAAAUGCCAGAGCAGAAGGAGGAGGAGAAGAAAGAGACGGAUGAGAAGACAGAGGUGGCUGGAGAGAAGGAAAAGGUAGAGGAGAAAGAGAAAGUAAAGGAAAAUAAGUUGGAGGAGAAAGAGAAAGACGGGAAGGCAGAGGAGAAGAAAGACAAGACUGAUGAGAAAGAGAAGGAGAUGAAGAAGGGAGAGAAGAUGGUCGAAAGGAGGAGGAGUAGCAUAUCUGACUGGGAACUCCUACAAGGGCCGGGCGCAUGCCCAAGUGCCCCUCCUCCAGGCUAUGAAGACGACGAGGAAGAAGCGUAUGAAACGGAAGAAGCGGAAGAAGCAGAGGAAGAAUAUGGUAAAAAAGAAUGGGUAACCACAGGCGAGCCCACCCCUCUGUCCACAGCAGAACAUGCCCACCAUACAAAGGCAUCUGCAAAAACAGAUGGAGAAUCCAGUUGCCCCACUGACUUGCAUAUGGAGGCUACCUCCACCUCCCCCCCUGGCUAUUCCUCAUGUGAGUUCAAACACCGCAAAGGGGAGAUCUCCCCAUCCUUCAUCAACCCCAGUCCACACGCCCUCUCCAGCGAUGAUGGCGAAGAGGACAAAGGGAGCGACCACUCUCCAGAGGGGGAUGAAGACGACCGUGAGCAACACUCAGUCAAGAGGAGGUCUCACAAGCAGAAGCGACAUCACAUUCAAAGUGGAGCUGCUGGAGCUGGAGAGGGAUCGCACCCAGUUACAAUACCUCCUGGUGGCAUGGCAACUGGACUUGGGGUAGUGCUAGCUGGAGAGGAGACACCCCCCACAUCAGCAAGCGACUCGUUGGCGUCCCAGUCGGACUCGGACGUACCUCCAGAGACCGAGGAGUGCCCGUCGAUUACAGCAGAGGGGAACCUGGACUCGGAUGAAGAUGCAGAACACCUGCCGGUGGAUAAACUAUCUGCCUCUACCACAGGAGGGGGCCCCCAACCCCCUUCGCCCAGAUCAGAUGCGAAGGCCCACGACCCCCCACCUGCCCCCAUGAAGGACCCCCUCCCCCACCCGCCUCACCCUGAUGUGUGCAUGGUGGACCCAGAGGGCCUCCCUGACAACCAGAGCAGCACAGAGAAAAUGCUCAAGAAGGACCACAAGACCACCAAGAGCCUGCGGAAGGGCCUGGGCAAGCCUAAGUCUGCGUCCCCAGCCCGGAAGGGGAAGAGGUCCACCACCCCUGUGAAGCAGGCCUCCAAGGAUUCCUCGCCUCGAUCUGCCUCUCUGAGGAGGAGGGACACGGAAAGGAGCUCCAGACUGACGUGGAUGUCUGAGGGCCUGGGAUCCAAGGGGGACCUACACGCUCCAGGGAAAGGCCUGGUGAACGGCGUCAAGAGCAAUUUGGGUAGGUAAAAAUAAAGUAUGAUGAUACGACUCCAUAUUUAGAUAUGAUGAUAUGACUCCAUAUUCAGUAGUAGACACUUUCACGCCUGUAAAAAGUUUAGGAAACUUUAAAAACGUAAUUUACGUAAAAAUAUAAUAGAAAUGUAAUAGGCCUACCUUCGUUUCAAAAUCAUUCCGCAGCACUUUAUGACACACACUUCCCCAUUCUAAUUUACUCUUGAUUUACGUAGACAUACAGUGGCUUGCGAAAGUAUUCACCCCUCUUGGCAUUUUUCCUAUUUUGUUGCCUUACAACCUGGAAUUAAAAUACAUUUUUGGGGGGUUUUGAUUUACACAACAUGCCUACCACUUUGAAGAUGCAAAAUCUUUAUUGUAAAACAAACAAGAAAUAAGACAAAAAAACAGAAAACAUGAGCGUGCAUAACUAUUCACCCCCCCAAAGUAAAUACUUUGUAGAGCCACCUUUUGCAGCAAUUACAGCUGCAAGUCUCUUGGGGUAUGUCUCUAUAAGCUUGGCACAUCUUGCCACUGGGAUUUGUGCCCAUUCUUCAAGGCAAAACUGCUCCAGCUUCUUCAAGUUGGAUGGGUUCCGCUGUUGCUAGGCCAUUCCAAGACAUUUAAAUGUUUUCCCUUAAAAACCACUCAAGUGUUGCUUUAGCAGUAUGCUUAGGGUCAUUGUCAUUGAAGGUGAACCUCCAUCCCAGUCUCAAAUCUCUGGAAGACUGAAACAGGUUUCCCUCAAUAAUUUCCCUGUAUUUAGCGCCAUCCAUCAUUCCUUCAAUUCUGACCAGUUUCCCAGUCCCUGCCGAUGAAAAACAUCCCCACAGCAUGAUGUGUUCUCGGGGUGAUGAGAUGUGUUGGGUUUGCGCCAGACAUAGCAUUUUCCUUGAUGGCCAAAAAGCUACAUUUUAGUCUCAUCUGACCAGAGUACCUUCUUCCAUAUGUUUGGGGAGUCUCCCACAUGCCUUUUGGCGAACACCAAAAGUGUUUGCUUAUUUUUUUCUUUAAGCAAUGGCUUUUUUCUGGCCACUCUUCCGUAAAGCCCAGCUCUGUGGAGCGUACGGUUUAAAGUGGUCCUAUGGACAGAUACUCCAAUCUACGCUGUGGAGCUUUGCAGCUCCUUCAGGGUUAUCUUUGGUCUCUUUGUUGCCUCUCUGAUUAAUGCCCUCCUUGCCCGGUCUGUGAGUUUUGGUGGGCGGCCCUCUCUUGGUAGGUUUGUUGUGGUGCCAUAUUCUUUCAAUUUUUAAAUAAUGGAUUUAAUGGUGCUCUGUGGGAUGUUCAAAGUUUCAGAGUUUUUUUUAUAACCCAACCCAGAUCUGUACUUCUCCACAACUUUGUCCAUGACCUGUUUGGAGAGCUCCUUGGUCUUCAUGGUGCCGCUUGCUUGUUGAUGCCCCUUGCUUAGUGGUGUUGUAGACUCUGGGGCCUUUCAGAACAGGUGUAUAUAUACUGAGAUCAUGUGACAGAUCAAGUGACACUUAGAUUGCACACAGGUGGACUUUACCUAAUUAUUUGACUUCUGAAGGUAAUUGGUUGCACCAGAUCUUAUUUAGGGGCUUCAUAGCAAAGGUGGUGAAUACAAAUGUACGCACCACUUUUCCAUUAUUCAUUUUUUAUAAUUAUUUGAAAGAAGUUAUUUUUUUAAUUUCACUUCACCAAUUUGGACUAUUUUGUGUAUGUCCAUUACAUGAAAUAAAAAUAAAAAUCAAUUUAAAAUAGAGGUUGUAAUGCUACAAAAUAGGAUAAAUGCCAAGGGGAAUUAAUACACUGUUCAAAAAAAUUAAGGGAACAGUUAAACAACACAUCCUAGAUCUGAAUGAAUGAAAAAAUCUUAUUAAAUACUUUUUUCUUUACAUAGUUGAAUGUGCUGACAACAAAAUCACACAAAAAUUAUCAGUGGAAAUCAAAUUUAUCAACCCAUGGAGGUCUGGAUUUGGAAUCACCCUCAAAAUUAAAGUGGAAAACCACACUACAGGCUGAUCCAACUUUGAUGUAAUGUCCUUAAAACAAGUAAAAAUGAGGCUCAGUAGUGUGUGGCCUCCACGUGCCUGUAUGACCUCCCUACAUCGCCUGGGCAUGCUCCUGAUGAGGUGGCGGAUGGUCUCCUGAGGGAUCUCCUCCCAGACCUGGACUAAAGCAUCCGCCAACUCCUGGACAGUCUGUGGUGCAACGUGGCGUUGGUGGAUGGAGCGAGACAUGAUGUCCCAGAUGUGCUCAAUUGGAUUCAGGUCUGGGGAACGGGCGGGCCAGUCCAUAGCAUCAAUGCCUUCCUCUUGCAGGAACUGCUGACACACUCCAGCCACAUGAGGUCUAGCAUUGUAUUGCAUUAGGAGGAACCCAGGGCCAACCGCACCAGCAUAUGGUCUCACAAGGGGUCUGAGGAUCUCAUCUCGGUACCUAAUGGCAGUCAGGCUACCUCUGGCGAGCACAUGGAGGGCUGUGCGGCCCCCCAAAGAAAUGCCACCCCACACCAUGACUGACCCACCGCCAAACCGGUCAUGCUGGAGGAUGUUGCAGGCAGCAGAACGUUCUCCACGGCGUUUCCAGACUCUGUCACGUCUGUCACAUGUGCUCAGUGUGAACCUGCUUUCAUCUGUGAAGAGCACAGGGCGCCAGUGGCGAAUUUUCCAAUCUUGGUGUUCUCUGGGAAAUGCCAAACGUCCUGCAUGGUGUUGGGCUGUAAGCACAACCCCCACCUGUGGCCAUCGGGCCCUCAUACCACCCUCAUGGAGUCUGUUUCUGACCGUUUGAGCAGACACAUGCACAUUUGUGGCCUGCUGGAGGUCAUUUUGCAGGGCUCUGGCAGUGCUCCUCCUGCUCCUCCUUGCACAAAGGCGGAGGUAGCGGUCCUGCUGCUGGGUUGUUGCCCUCCUACGGCCUCCUCCACGUCUCCUGAUGUACUGGCCUGUCUCCUGGUAGCGCCUCCAUGCUCUGGACACUACGCUGACAGACACAGCAAACCUUCUUGCCACAGCUCGCAUUGAUGUGCCAUCCUGGAUGAGCUGCACUACCUGAGCCACUUGUGUGGGUUGUAGACUCCGUCUCAUGCUACCACUAGAGUGAAAGCACCGCCAGCAUUCAAAAGUGACCAAAACAUCAGCCAGGAAGCAUAGGAACUGAGAAGUGGUCUGUGGUCACAACCUGCAGAACCACUUCUUUAUUGGGGGUGUCUUGCUAAUUGCCUAUAAUUUCCACCUGUUGUCUAUUCCAUUUGCACAACAGCAUGUGAAAUUUAUUGUCAAUCAGUGUUGCUUCCUAAGUGGACAGUUUGAUUUCACAGAAGUGUGAUUGACUUGGAGUUACAUUGUGUUGUUUAAGUGUUCCCUUUAUUUUUUUGAGCAGUGUACUUUUGCAAGGCACUGUUAAAGUCUGAAUAUCCCCCAGUCAAACAGAGGAAAACACAUUAGUCAUUCUCAAGUCAUUAGAGACUUAUACAAUUUUACAUUAUGGUCCUCCUCCUCCAGGUACAAACUCCCAGAAAUCUAGUUCAGCUGUCCCCCCUGGUCCUCCAAUCUAUGUGGACCUGGCCUACGUGCCCAACCACUGCAGUGCUAAGAACGUGGACCAGGAGUUCUUCAAGCGGGUACGUGCUGCGUACUACGUGGUAAGCGGCAAUGACCCAGCCGGUGGAGAGCCCAGUCGUGGGGUCCUGGAUGCCCUGCUCGAGGGCAAGGCCGCGUGGGGCUCCAAUCUACAGGUACUCUUUUUCUCUUUGUCUCGCUCUGUCUCUGCUGUUGUUCAAAUGUUGUUUGACUUUUUUCCACAUUGUAAGUACACAUGUAUUUUUUUAUUUUUUUUACAUUUUAGUCAUUUAGCAGACGCUCUUAUCCAGAGCGACUUACAGUUAGUGCAUACAUUAUUUUAUUUUAUUUUUCAUACUGGCCCCCCGUGGGAAUCGAACCCACAACCCUGGCGUUGCAAACGCCAUGCUCAACCAACUGAGCUACAUCCCUGCCAGCCAUUCCCUCCCCUACCCUGGACGACGCUGGGUAGCCUGUGCUUUCUUGCUGCGGAGGCAUUCUGCACCACUGCUAAUCUCAGGAUCCACCGAGAUAUAUUCAGAAUCAUUGAUCUGAAUCACUUGUAAAAUUGGGAAAUUACACAUUUGGUAGUGCCAACAGAUGCUUGACAAUGCUUUCGACAAUGUUUGCCAUUGUUUACAGCCACAGCCUGACAUACAGUAAUUAUUUUAUGAGCAGUCAGAUUGUAACAUUCACGAUGUAACUGUCAAUGUUGUUCUACAGUAAUUUGCAUUCUGGCAGUUCAUAAUGACGAUGAUGUAAUUAACAUUUCCUGUUGAGUAUCGCACAAUACUUCCAGUGGGCAAAGCUGGUUGCAAUCAGAGCCAUGUAUUUAGAGAGUUGGGCCAAUGCAGUUUCUGCAUUAUGAUGCAUUUACAUGACACUUCAACAUUCUAUAGCAGCCAUUUUAGCUCCCCAUUAACAUUACAUGGGGAAUAUUGAAACAAUGCUAUGCAACUGAAUGUUUAGAAUUAGGCCAACUUUUAGAAUUUUGAAUAUUGUUCUAACUCUCUAAGGGUGCGUUCGUAAAUUCACUCUGGCUAUCUACUCUGAUUUCAGAGCACUGAGUGUGCCAGAGCGCAGAAUAACUGAUUAAUUUACGAACGCUCAACACCCGUUGAAGAUGGCCGGUGUCAGUAAAUGUCGGCAAAAAAGUGUAAUUAAAUUGUUGCCAGCAGCAGCCAGUUACAGUCACCAACACUCUGGAUAACAUGAAAACAGCCUAACCAGCUCUGCUAGGGUGAGUAAAAUGGUCAGAGUGAGGUGUUCUCGCAUUUGUGUAUGGAAGUAGCUAAGAAUCUAGCAAACGCCAGUUAGCUUGGGUGCUUGACUGCUGUUGUGAGGUCCGAACGCUCGGAUCAACCCUACUCCUCGGCCAGAGCGUCCAGUGUUCGCACUGAACGCUCAGAGCGAAACGCUCUGAAUUUACGAAUGAACAAUCUGACAAUGCUCUGAAUUUACGAACGCCCAGAGCGCACUCUGGCACUCCAGAUUGAAUUUACGAACGCGCCCUAAAUAUAUGGCUCUGGUUGCAAUAAAUUCAGUAUGACAUCUUUUAUGACAUCAUCGUCAGGUUGUAUACUGCUUUUAAUAUUACAUUUUGAAAAACAUUAAUUAGCAUCUGGCAAAACAUGUCUUUAUCUGGUUGUAAUCUGACCAGAUAACAUCUAGAAUAUGAUGUCUUUCCCAUGACGUCUUGGUGUUGUCAGGAAAAUUAUUUUCCUUUAUGGAUAUAAUCUGUUUAUAUGACGUAUUCUUGAACAGAAAAAACUGUUAAGUACAAGAUAUGACGUAAUGCUGCCUAAUUUUGCCGGCUGGGCUGAAUGCUUGAUCAAUGUAUUGAUGUAUUGGUAGAUUUGACUCAUACAUGUCCUCCUUCUCUCUAACCUAGGUGACUCUGAUCCCUACUCAUGACACAGAGGUGACGCGGGACUGGUACCAGCAGACACAUGAAAAACAGCAGGACCUGAACAUUAUGGUCCUGGCCAGCAGCAGCACAGUGGUCAUGCAGGACGAGUCUUUCCCCGCCUGCAAGAUUGAGUUCUAA